UCUGUCAGUUGGAUGAUCUCGCGUCUGAAGUAUUGCAGCAUUUUGCAGUGGUUUACAAAUUCCUAAUAAUAAGCUCAAUCAUGUUGAUUAAAGUUAAGACUCUGACCGGCAAGGAAAUAGAAAUAGACAUCGAGCCUACGGAUAAAGUGGAUCGAAUUAAGGAGCGUGUAGAGGAAAAAGAAGGCAUUCCUCCGCAGCAGCAGCGAUUGAUAUUUUCUGGCAAACAAAUGAACGAUGAUAAAACUGCUCAAGACUAUAAAGUACAAGGCGGAUCUGUCUUGCAUUUGGUUUUGGCGUUGCGAGGCGGAUAUUCUUAAACGUUGAUGACUAGAACAACAUUUCUGAUCAUAGCGAUGCAGAAUAAGUUAGAUCCUGUGUCCAUUAUCGACGUUUGCUCUUAAUUAUUGCUUUAUUUUGUAUCGAAGGAAUGAAAUGAUAUAAAACAAUUAUAGGGUAGAA